AUGUUAACUUAUAUACUAUAUAUAUUGCUACUAUGUGAAUUUAUUAUUUGAUUAAUGCAACAGGCCUAUAGGCCAGGAAGACGGAGGAGGAGGCAUGACCAUCAUUUAUAUUUAUUUAUAUGCAUAUAAGAUAUUCUUAACUUAUAAUUAAUCAUCUAACGAUGAAGUUUAGAAAAGAGCCAUUCAACAUGUCCAAAAAUUUCCUCCUUACUAUGUUUCAAUGUGCUAUUGUUCUGAUCACCCUACUUUUAGUGCAGGCACAGUCACAAGCUCAAACAGGGUUCAUUAGCAUUGACUGUGGAUUAUCAGAGACCUCAAGCUACACAGAUGAAACAACAGGUCUAGCUUACAUUUCCGACACAAACUUCACGGAUGCUGGUGAAAACUACGAAAUAACACCUACUCACAAAUUAAUAACCGAUGAAAAGCAGCUUUGGAAUGUGAGAAGCUUCCCUGAAGGAACCAGAAACUGUUAUACUCUCAAACCUAUGAAUGGGAGUGGUGAACUGUACUUGAUCCGAGCAAGGUUCAUGUACGGAAACUACGAUAACAAAAACAGUAUCCCAUCCUUCGAUUUGUAUAUUGGGGGUGACCUUUGGAGUAGUGUAUUGCUAAAGUAUUCGUGGAGUAUUCAAAAUGAAGAGAUCAUGCAUACUCCAUUGUCAGAUCACAUUCAUGUUUGUCUAGUCAAUACAGGUUUCGGUGUUCCAUUCAUUUCAGCCUUGGAGUUAAGGCCUUUACACAACGAAACAUAUGUAAGUGAAUUACCAGCAACAUCAUUACUUCUCCAUGAACGCCUUGAUUUUGCUUCGGCUACCAAUCGAACCACCAGGUACAAAGAUGAUGUUUAUGAUCGGUUGUGGUCACCACUCAAAACAGAGGUGUGGAAGCCAAUAAAUGUCUCUCUCACGGAUGAAAACGCUAUAUCCACCAAUAUAUUUGAGCCACCAUCGGCUGUGAUGAGCACUGCAUAUACACGAAAUAAUAGUAUCAGCUACAUGGGAUUAAACUGGAAAAAUUUAAAUACUUCUUCCAGAUAUUUAUUCUUUAUGCACUUUGCAGAACUAAAGAAGCUCAAAAAUAACCAAACAAGAGAGUUUGAUAUCUUCAUCAAUGGAAACUUGUGGUUCGAAUCUCUAGCUCCACUCUACUUGAAGCAAAACACAAUCUACAGUUCUAAAGGCAAGUUCCCCGACAUUGAAGGAAAUAUUCAGAUUUGGUUUAACAAAACCUCAAAUUCAACUCUACCACCCCUUGUAAAUGCCCUCGAGAUUUAUGUUUUGAAGGAGAUGUUGCAACAAGAAACAGAGCGAACAGAUGUUGAUGCUAUAUUGAAUAUUAAGACCGUGUAUGAAGUGAAGAAGAAUUGGCAAGGAGAUCCUUGUGUUCCUGUGACUUACGUCUGGGAUGGUCUUAAUUGUACCUAUAAUGAUACAUACAGUAGUUCAUACAAAAUUACAUCCUUGGAUUUGUCUUCAAGUGGAUUAGUGGGGGAGAUUUCUCCUUACAUUGCCAAUUUAACCAUGUUACAAAACUUGGAUCUAUCAAACAACAGCUUAACUGGGACGGUCCCUGAAUUUUUGGCUCAACUCUCAUUCUUAAGAGUCUUAAACUUAAAAGGAAACAAUUUCACGGGUCCGCUUCCACCUUCACUUCUUGAAAGAAUCAAUAACGGUCUAUCAUUAAGUGUUGAUGCCAAUUUGAAUAAUAAUUCAUCAUCACCCACGAAUGAAACAUCAUCAUCAUCUUCACUAUGUUACUGGUGCAGAAAGAACAAGUUUGCGGCUCCCUUAUUUUCAACAAUUGGUCUUCUAUAUUUUGUACUAUAGCCAAAUAGUAUUGCUCACCAUCUAUCUCUUGUACUGUUUUUCCAUCAUUUUUUUUUCAGAAUAAUAAUAAUAAUUAUUUGCUUAUGUGGUAAAUUAAAUAAUAAGAAUAGGCAAAAAAAAAAAAAA